AUGCCGGGGCCGGGCGCCCCGGGGGAGCCCGGCGUGCCGGGGGAGCUCCGGCCGCUGCUGGGGCGCGGCGCGCGGGCCCCUCGACGGUGGCGGCGGGCGGCGAGCGCCACGGUGCUGCUGGUGGAGAUGCUGGAGCGCGCCGCCUUCUUCGGCGUGGCCGCCAACCUCGUGCUGUACCUCAACAGCUCCAACUUGGACUGGGCGGGCCAGCAGGCGUCGCGCGCCGCGCUCGUCUUCCUGGGCGCCUCGUACCUGCUGGCGCCCGUGGGCGGCUGGCUGGCCGACGUGUACCUGGGCCGCCACCUCGCCAUCGCGCUCAGCCUGCUGCUCUACCUGGCCGCUUCCAGCCUGCUGCCCGCCACCGCCUUCCCCGACGGCCGCCGCUCCUUCUGCGGCGAGAUGCCCGAGUCGUCGCUGGCACCCGCCUGCCCCGCGCCCGGCUGCCGGCGCGCCUCGCCCAGCCCCUACUGCGCGCCCACCCUCUACUGCGGGCUGCUGCUCCUCGCCCUGGCCGCCAGCUCAGUCAGGAGCAACCUCACCUCCUUCGGUGCCGACCAGGUGAUGCAUCUUGGUCGCAAUGCCACCCGCCGCUUCUUCAACUGGUUUUAUUGGAGCAUCAACAUGGGUGCUGUACUGUCGCUGCUGGUGGUGGCUUUUAUCCAGCAGAACAUCAGCUUCCUGCUGGGCUACAGCAUCGUUGUGGGCUGUGUAGGCCUGGCAUUCUUCAUCUUCCUCUUUGCCACUCCCAUCUUCAUCACCAAGCCACCCACGGGCAGCCAAGUGUCCUCUAUGCUUAAGCUUGCACUCCAAAACUGCUGCCCUUGGCUGUGGCAACGACAUUCUGCCAGAGACCCUCAAGGUGCCCACCUGCUGCCUGACCAGAGGUCUCCCCAGCCUUGUCCUUCCCACCAAGAGGACAUUGCCAAUUUCCAGGUGCUGGUGAAGAUCUUGCCCGUCAUGGUGACCCUGGUGCCCUACUGGAUGGUGUACUUCCAGAUGCAGUCCACAUAUGUCCUGCAAGGUCUUCACCUCCAAAUCCCGAACAUUUUUCCGGACAAUGCUGCCAACAACUCCAUGGCUCUGGGAGCCCAGGGCAGCAGCUACAAGAUCCCGGAAGCCUGGCUCCUCCUGGCCAACGUGGUGGUGGUGCUGAUUCUGGUCCCUCUGAAGGACCACUUGAUCGACCCUUUACUGCUGCGAUGCAAGCUGCUUCCCUCGGCUCUGCAGAAGAUGGCUCUGGGGAUGUUCUUUGGUUUUACCUCCGUCAUUGUGGCAGGAGUCCUGGAGAUGGAGCGCUUACGCUACGUCCAUAACAAGACAAUACCCCAGCAGAUCGGGGAGGACAAGUACUAUGCAGCCCCACUGUCCAUCUGGUGGCAGAUCCCUCAGUAUCUGCUCAUUGGGAUCAGCGAGAUUUUUGCCAGCAUCCCAGGCCUGGAGUUUGCCUACUCAGAGGCCCCGCGCUCCAUGCAGGGCGCCAUCAUGGGCAUCUUCUUCUGCUUGUCCGGGGUGGGCUCGCUGCUGGGGUCCAGCCUAGUGGCUCUGCUGUCCUUGCCUGGGGGCUGGCUGAACUGCCCUGAGGACUUCGGGAACAUUAACAACUGCCGGAUGGACCUGUACUUCUUCCUGCUGGCGGGCAUUCAGGCCGUCACAGCCCUCCUGUUUAUCUGGAUUGCUGGCCGCUAUGAGAGGGCAGCUCAGGGCCCAGCCUCCCAAAGCUGUUCCAGCAGGGAUCGGGGCUGAACGCACCCCCACCCCCACGCUUCUCUUGGAUGGACACGGACAGCAGCAGUCCCAGCUUUGGUUUCCUUCUCAGUUUAUUC